CCUACUAUUUUAUUUUCUAUUGAUUAUUUUAGGUAUUUAUAUAAUUAUAAAUUAUAAUACUAUUAUUUUAUGUAAGCAAUGGAUAAAGAUACAAUGAAAAAGUGUAAAUGUUGUUUAGACGAAGACGGGUUAUUGAAUUUAUGGGAAGAAUAUAAAAGCUAUGGAGAGAGUAUCAUUUAUGGAGAUAUGUUAAAAGAAUGUUUCUCUUUACCUAUAGAAAAACCUAUGAAAAAUGAACAAGAAUAUAUCUGUGAAUCCUGCAUCAGUCGGCUCACAGAUGCAAGUAAUUUUAAGAAGGAAAUACUAUCUUCUGAUAUAUUAUUGAAGACUUUGAAUAAAGAAAUAACAGAACCACAAUUGAAACAAGAAACAGAAUCAGACGUUGAGAUAAAAACAGAAUAUCUGGACAUUGAGUAUCUGCUAGAUGAUGAUUGUAAAGACAUAUGUGAUGCUGUGUUCAGCGAUGAUGAAGAUAAUGUGGAAAUGGAAACGAAACUAGACGCAUCCAAAAAGCCAUGUACAUACAUACAAAAAGACUUGGAUAGUUGUAUAAACGAUAUUCAGGGAAAUCAAGCUAUAGUUGAUGAUACUGCGUCUUUGUAUAAUAUGCCAGUGCAUGCUGUGAAGAAUGAAUUGAAAAAUAAUUCAUAUACUGAGUCUAGCGCGAAGAAAUCAAGGCGUAUAUUUUCAGAUAUGGAUAUAGAUGAUAAGCCAAAAGACACCAAAACCGCCAAAAAAUUGACAAAUCGCAUCCUUUCCGACCCAAUUGGGGAUUUGACAGAAGAGCAAACAUUCCUAAACUACAUGAACACAUAUUCCAACGCGACACCACUAAAAGGCUACAACGGCAGAGCGUACGAAUGCAACUUUUGCGAUAACCAAUACGAACACCCGGCAGAUUUGAAAGCACAUACAAGAAAAGCGCACAAGAAAUCCAAACUUCAAGCGCUCGACGUUUUGACAGCUGGCGCCAAAAUGGACGUCACCGAUUUGACAUGUCUCAUCUGUCAUACAGAACUCAACUUGAUCACAGAUCUCAGCGAACAUUUGAAAAAACAACACAAGAAAAUGUUCAAUGAAACAAUAGUGAAUUAUCUGGUGCCGUUCAAAUUUAAUACAGACGAGUUGAAAUGUGCUAUUUGUGAGGAAACGUUCCUAUAUUUUAAACUCGUGUACGAACACAUGAAGAAACACAUACGGAAUUUUGAGUGUGAAUUGUGCGGGCAAGGGUUUAUAACACGGCGGACUUUGAGCGCCCAUAUCCGUCGUCAUGGCAACGGAGAAUACACAUGCAGUUACUGCUCUAAAGUGUUCUUUACGAAAACGCGAGUGAGAGAUCACCAAAACCAAGUGCACUUUAAAGUGAAACGGAAUAAGUGCGCGUACUGCGAUGAGAAAUUUAACGAUUUAGCGAAGAAGAAAAAACAUGAGUGUGAUGUACAUGGCGCGAAGAAGCAGACGUUUACAUGUCAGGCCUGUGAACGGCAGUUUCAAAGUCAGAAAUCGCUUGCUUGUCAUAUAAAGGAGUAUCAUUUGAUGAUAAAAAAUCAUAAGUGUAGUGUAUGUGAGCAGAGUUUUGUCACGCCCCUAGCUUUGCGGGAACACAUGGUUAAGCACACAAGAGCGAGGGAUUUUAUAUGCAAAGUGUGUAACAAGGGCUUCAGCAGGCGCUAUACAUUAGUUGAACACAUGCGAAUACACAUGAACGAUAGACGGUUUAAAUGUGAAUUGUGUGAUAGUGCGUUUAUUCAGAAGUGCAGUUUGAGGAACCAUAUUGCGUCGAAACAUCCCCAUGUUGAAGUUUAAAUAUAUGCUGUUCGGUUU